UUACGUAUGUUACGCUCAGAACUGUGAGUUGCCAAUGAAUCGCUGGCAUUCGGGUCUUUGAGGAUCGUAUGUACCGGAGCGAAGAUAUGGAGCUUGUAGCGAGGUGAUUGGUUUCAAUUUGUGACAGCAGCUGAGGGGAAUUUUCUGUGGACCGCAAUGGCCUUGACCAACGCUGUCGGUAAAAUGAACAUGAUGUCAGGUGAUUCACCAUCUCUUAGGCCAGCAGCAAGUUUUGAGUUGCAGGAAACUAUAAUUAAUGCUUCUAUAGCAAAAGUGAGAAAUGUCUCUGACAAAGGAGUGCAGUUUGAACCAUCAGAUCUGUCUGAUGAAACAGACUUCAUGCCCAAAGCUCCCAGUGUGAAAGCUGAUCAAGGCACAAGUAAACAAAAAUUAUGCAACAGUAGUCAAAAUAACAAUGAAGAUGAUAUUAUAGUGGAUGACAGAAUUCCUGAACUUGAAACAAAACUUAGCACCGAAAAGGGGACAGAUGUUACAGAAGCAGUGUCUGAGAAACAGGAAGAAGAGCCAAACUGUGUGGUUAAUUGUUUAUAUUUUGUUGACCAGUGCUGUGAAUGUGUGCUCCUGUGACACAUAUGAAAAUGCGAUUGUGAAGCUUAAGUUGUGAUUGUGUGACUGAAACUUACACCUGUACUUUGUGUAAUUUAUUGCCUUAGCAAUUUGCUAGGUCCAUAAAAUAACUGCAGUUUUUGCAGUUUAAUGUAACAUUUUAAAUACUGAGAUAAUAUUUUUGUAAAAUGUUUGUUUUAUAUAUUUUAAUAGCUCUUUUGGGCAGAAAUCUGUUGUUGCGUCUAUUUUUACUUCUGUUGGUUAGUGUCUCCUGAUGUUGGAGGAUCCAACAAGAAUACUCAGCUUCUAUAAAUAGAAUCAGGUAAGUUCUUAUUUAAGCUCAAACAUCUUCAUGUGGUUCAGAGUUGCCUGAAAAUUUGGAAGUUUGUAAUUAGGUGUAUUGAUUUAUUUUGUACGAGCUUGCAAAACUGUGUUGUAAUCGCAGAAUUGUUCUAUAGUGGAUCAAUUUUCCGGUUCAAUCUGAUUUGAAAGAAACACAAAAUCUUGAUUUACCAUCGUUUUAUUUCAUUUUAAAUGUAUUCAAAUCUCCUAAAUAUGGAAGAAAAAUUGUUUUAUCCUGUUAUGCCUAUCGUCAACCCCCUCAGUAAAGAGGUAACAUAGUUGAUAAGAAGAUAUGUGCAUGGUGCCAAUGAUUCAUUUACUUCGUUAAUAGAGAAUAAAAGCUUAAUAGUUGAGGUAAUGAGGUAAUAACAAGGUGCUUUAUCAUAGAAAAAGUCUUUCUUAGCCAUAGUAAUAGGAGGCCUCUUUUGGGGGAAAGAGGUGAUUAUUUUUUCAAUAUUCUUCCAUUAAAACCAUCUAUUUGGUGCUUACGUUCUUGUUCCCAGUCUUGAAUUUUGUUAUCUCCAGUCUGGCACAAGCAAAUAGUUUUUCAGAACUAGUUUUAAGCAGAAUGGCAUUUGUUCUGGUUUAGAGCUGAUUAAAUUCAAAUGAGGGAAAAACCAAUGUAUUUUUUCUCCGGUAUUCUUGAUUUUUUACAUAGGAAUAGAGCUUCGACUUACUUCCAUUCCUGAUUAUGGUUUGUUAUGUCUUGGUGCUGUGUCUAGAACAGUAAAUGUUAAUGAAUGAAUUAAUUCAUCUAGCAUGAAAUAGUAAGUUCCUAACUUAUUAUAAUGUUUGUAUUUCACUCGGUAUUUGUUUACUGUUGGAAACAGCUGUGUACAGGACAGGGGUAGUCACUGUGAAUGAAUGGCAUUGCAUAAGUGGAUAUAAAUAAAAUUAAAAUUUUGUUCUGAGGACAUCUCCCUCUAAUGAUUUGGGAAACAGUGUUGAUUGGAAAAAUGUUUUCAUGGCAGUCCUGACACAUUACUUUUUUAAAUACGUGUGUUGUAAUUGACAAUAUUGUAUUAAUUACAUAUUUUAAUCAAUAAAUCUGUUUGUAUAUUAGUUUA